UUCAAACACACACACAUGAUGACAUGCAGAGUGGAAUGCAGAGAUAUGGCGAGGGAGCGGGGAAAGGAAAGGCAAGAGCCACUCCUCUUAUUUUGAAUCUUUUACUCGCAGUGGGAGGAGCCCGGUUUCAGGGUCACAGUGACAUCAGUGUUUAGAUUUAUCACAGAAUUAGAGGAACUCAUGUACACCUGAUGCUAAAGAGUGAAAUCUAAAUUUGCAGAGUGAUAUCUGCACUUAAUGAAUGUGGAGGAUUUUAAAAAGAAUACUUUCUCUGAGGUGAAAGUGGAAGAAAGACCAAAACUGUACCAAGGUGAAUGUUGUUAAUUACCUUUCGGUGGCGUCACUUUUCACGCAGCACAUCCAGAAGGGCUGCAUUCCACAGCCUCACUCCUCCUCUUCCUCCUCCUCCUCCUCCUCCUCCUCUGAAGCAUGCCUGUGUGAGAGUGUUUGGGUCACAGCCUCUCACCAGCCUGAACACACAACAAGGAGAAAAGAAGAAGCAUCAAUGAAACUGAGCAGGGAUUAAACUCAAAGGUCACUGGUGGUCCCGCAGCAGCGUGAUGGAGCUGAAGGUGUGGGUGGAGGGUGUGGUCCGAGUGGUGUGUGGCCUGUCCCUGAACACAACCUGCCAGGAUGUAGUCAUAGCCCUCGCACAAUCAAUAGGUCAGACAGGACGCUACAUUCUUUUCCUGAAGCUACGAGGGACUGAGAGACAGCUGGUUGCAGAGGACUGUCCUCUCCGGCUUCUGUCUCAGCUGGGUCAGCAGGCAACAGAGGUCCAGUUCCUCCUGAGGAGGACCGGUCCCAGCCUCAGUGAUGGUCGAGACACAACCUCCGGAGAGAGAGGGGUUCCUCUGCACAGACCAUCAGAACCAGAUCCCCCCAGGAGCAGAGAGCCACACAAAGCUCUCACCUUUAAUCUGGGUCCCUCAACGAAUCCCAGGAGGACUAAACCAAACAGGGCCUGGUCUCCGUCCCCGAGAGCCUCCCCGGAACUGAGAGCUUCCCCGGUCUCUUUCAUAGAUCCACUAAACCCUGUGAAUAUAUCCAAAGAUGAAGUGUUCAGACAGAUUCUGCAGCAACAGAGACGUCUGCAAGACCUGGAGAUUCAGCUUCAAGCUCUGGAGAGGGACACGGAGGUGUGGGAGCUGGAGGAGUCGGCUGCUUCAGUUUCUAGUCUGGAUGUGGUCUCUGAGAGGGAGCUGGAGGAGCUGGAGCAGAGGCUGAGUCUGAACCAGGCAGAGCUGAUGCACAGCGAGGACUGGGAGAGACAGUUACAGGAAGAGAUGGACAGAGAGCGAGAUAUGCAGAGACGUCUUCACGAGAUACAGCUAUCGAUGGAUGAUCACGGCUUUCACAUCAGCGAGCUCCACGCCCGCUCUGCACACCUGGAACAGGACCUGAAACUCAGAGCCCAAAGACACAGCUCUCAGACGGGGCCCCGGCAGCCGGACCAGGCCCUGAAGCCGCUGAAGCAGGAGCUCCAUCACCGGCUGAAGCAGGGAGACGACCUGGAUGCGAGGUUGACAGUAACUCAGAGGGAGCUACAAGCUGCGGAGGAACAGCUACAGGACAGGUGGGAGCUGAUGGAGGAACUGAACAAGGAACUGAGACAGUGUAAGCUGCAGCAGUUCAUCCAGCAGACCGGCGGGCCUCAAGCAGACCAGACCAACCCUCUGCCGGUCAACGAAGUGUACCUAAGGAACGCCGGGAUCAUGGAGUAACAAUGGCCAACAAUAAACAGCUGAAGAGUUUGUUUACAGAUCAAUUUAAUGAAGUAAGAGUUAUAAAAGUGUUCAAAGAAGUCUCACUUUCUCUCUUGAAGUAAAUGAACACAAAGAAGACGAUAUAAGCAGUCACAUUCAGGCUCAGAGGAACUUGAACCUCAAGUCUUUCUAAGGUUAUAAUAUUUAAAAUAACAAAAGAGAUCAUUAUUUUUUAUCCUACAGCAGAUUUAUUAUAUUUAACAUAUUUAAUGUAGAGUUAUUUCACUGUUUAAUGAAGCCUUAAAUGCAGCUAAGAAAGUAAGGAAAAGUCUGCUCUGACACAUUUCCUCUGUUACUGUGCGUGUGUGUGUGUGUGUGUGUGUGUGUGUGUGUGUGUGUGUGUGUUGGUGUGAGUCAAAGUGUUGGAGUGAAAGCCAAUCACUGCCAUAUCCUCUGUGAUAAUUAAAAGCAACAGUGCCGUAAAUAAUGAAGUUAUAAACUAAAGAAGGAAUGUCGACGCAGCAGCAAACACUGAAUGUCUGAAUCUUUGCACGUGUAAAUGUCCUACCAGAAUUUGAUGCAUAAAUCUUUGUUUAAAGUCCUUUUUAUGAAACAUUUUAUAUUUUAUUAAAGUCUUAUUUGUUGUUUUUGAAAA